AUGUUCAAUCGAACCGGACUUGCUCCAGCUCCGAAUGUACCGAAUCCACGAAACGCCGGUCGAAAGAAGAGCAAUCCGUUGCCAAUUCCUAUUCUAUCGUAUCGUAUACCGUGUCCCCAAUGCCGCCCUCGCCCAGAACGGGAUUUGGUCGCGAGGUGA